AUGUAUCGAGUCAGCCAACUCAGGCUGAGCUGCGGCCCGUCCAGUGACGAGCCACACUACCGCCGCGUGGACGAGCUCCAAGACCACGUCCGCAAAACAGGGACGCACCUCAUGCCCUGUAUCCCGCGCUACCAGGGCCACAAAGAAUCCUGCUGGAAGCUCGCCAUCGACCCAGGGCUGCCCGAAGGCCAUCUCCAGGAUGGCACCUGCACGUACUGCGCCACCGUGCGACCAGCAUGGAAUAAGAAGCUCGCAGAUGUCCUCGGAAAGAUUGAGAUGAUCCUGGACGAAUGCUGGGGCGCCAUGCAAGACGACUUCCGUGAUCCAGAGAGGCAGUGCUACGAUGACCCUGCUGCAGGUGAGCGCAGAGCCGCUGAAAUGUGUGCCAGUGCGCUCCAAGCCAUGAUGCUCUGGCGUGAGGAGCAGUUCUAUGCGGCGUCUGAAGUAGGAGGUGAUCUCUUUGAUGCCGGCCUGCCUUCGCGCUUGUCGUCGAGCCCCGCGAGCGACGAAUUUGAACAGCAUUUCCAGGACAAUCAUGGACCAACGCAGGACAGGAGGACAGAAUACACCUCGUCAUCCAGUAAUAGCAUGGGUGAACCAGACACCACCGACAGAUCCGGAAUGCCGCGAAAGCUGGGACUUCUCCACGCCGAGCGGCUCACAACCAUUCCCCUGCAGGGCGACACAUACAAACGCACAAGCAUCCUCAUAAGAACAAGGUAA